UGAGUGCAUCUUCUGUAACUUUGUGUGUAAAACAAAGAUGAUGUAUGACCGACAUCUACAAAUCCACCUCAUCACCAGGAUGUAUGAGUGUGACAUCUGUCACAAAUUUUUGAAAACGCCAGAACAACUUGUGGAGCACAAAAAAUGCCAUAACGUAUCCACUGGAGGACUCAAAUACUUUGAACCAUGAAGUUGCAAUUUCUGUAAAGUGAUGUGGUAUAAAUCGGAUGCACAACUUUGACUUGAUGGUUUACUGUGGCAUUGGUGCCCAUUCUGUAUUUAUGCCACAAACCGUCCUUCAGCCAUGGAAUGCCAUUUAAGGACACACUACAAAAUGGAAUUCAAGUGUCGGAUCUGUCAAGUGGUGAAAAUGAAUCAGCUAGAAUUAGAGAUGCACAUUCGUGAACAUCGCCUCGGCAACCACUACAAGUGUGAUCAGUGUGGCUAUCUCUCCAAGACAGCCAAUAAGUUGAUAGAGCAUGUUCGUGUUCACACAGGGGAGCGUCCUUUCCAUUGUGACCAGUGCAGUUACAGCUGCAAACGCAAAGACAAUCUAAACCUACACAAAAAGCUGAAGCACUCUCCUCGACAGACUCUGUGCUGUGACGAAUGCUUCUUCACAACCACGCAUCCAUUUGUCUUUAGCCGCCAUGUGAAGAAACAUCAGAAUGGUGAAUAUCUGGAAGAGGAGAAGAAAGGGAGGAUGCAGCCUGUGACUUGGAAAGAAAGUAACCCUGUUUUAAACAGCAGAAAUUCUAGAAACAUACUUUCACCGCUAUCGGUUAUGUCAGCAUCACAGGCUUUGCAGACUGUUGCACUGUCGGUGACUGGCAACAAUGGAAUUUCAACUGGAUCAGCACUUGGCUUAUUUGGCUUGAAUGGUAUUUCAGCACGUCUCAGUAAAUACAGGAACUGUGAUCUCACACACCUUAUUCCACUGACUACACUUUUUCCACAAAACAAAUGUGAAGCUACAUUCCAUUCGUCUCAGCAGCAAACUGCACCCCCAGGUACUGUUUCUCCCAAACACUCAUUCUUGGCCUACCUCGGCCUAACUGAACAGGCGACUUCAGUUUCUGUUUCAGUUGCAGAUUGAAUAGUGAUUAUUGCUGCAAUACAAUAUUUUUUUCAAAAAUGUUUAUUAUUGUAGAAGAGUAGAAUGUGUAGAAGUGGCUGUAAAUGCUUCUUGUAUUCAUAUAAGUGCUGCUUGAAUUAUAUAUAAAGUACUUAAAUGUCCAUAAUUGAAUGGAAACCCAAGUAUUGGAAAGAGGUAGUUGAACUCUGGGCUGAAACAGACGCCCAGGCUAAAAAAAAAAUGUGAUGAGGCAGAAUUUUGCACAAUGCUUAGUCUUGCACAUUUUUGUGUUUCUUAAAGUAGUAUCAUUUUCUACCUAGUGUUACUAAUUUCAAAGCAGCAGUAUGUUGACUAAAUCUGAUCAAUACGUUAGUGAUCAGUCACAUUUAUUUUGGCACCAACCAUUAGCACUUUGAAAGAUGCAUGACAUUGCUGACGUUUGUUUUCAGCAUUUAUCAUCUCCAAGCUUUAGGCUGGCACAUUGAUGUUUUUGCAUUCAAUGCAGUAUAAAUGAUCUCUGCACUAUAUUUGGAGUUCAUCUUCAGCCAUAUAAUUGUGUUCCAGUGUUUUUUUUUUGAUAAUGCAGCAUUGUUUUCGGUAUUUUGAGCUUCUUGUAGAUGCUGUGCAUGCAUGUGUGUACGAAUAUAUAUUAUAAUAUAUAUUUAUAAAUAUGGCGUGUAUAUAUAUUAUCAUAUAUAUUUAUAUGUUUUGCUUUGAUUUAGCUUUGCUGCAUUUAAAAGAAAGGCUGUUUGUGACAGUAAUUGGCACUUAGACUUUUUUGCUAUCUUUCACAUUCAGUUGCAUUACCAAUGCCUAGUGUAACUUGCAGUAUAUUCAAAAUAAAUCUGCAUUAUUUUGGUUUCCUAGUUCUUUUAUUUAUCUGUUCUCACUUUUAUUCCUCACAGGAUAGCAUUUGUAUGCUUAUUUACAACAUAAAUUUUUAUUUCAUUCCUUAUACUCAUGGAUUUGGUAAAUUGAAACUGGAGCUGACGCACAAAGUCCAGCCCAUUUCACAGUAAAUGUAAUGCUGUACAGUGAGACUGAUUUCCAAGUUCAACAUGGACUUUGUAAAUCUUUCUUGAAUCAAGACAUUGUCCAAGCUAUUCACAAAAAAGAAGUUUUGUCAAACAUCACUUUAUUAUGUAUUUGUUUUAAUUUUCAUUCUUGUCAGUUGAUCUUCAAACUGAGUUCUGUCAUUUAUAGAUAAAUUAUGCUUUCUAAUAGUUUUGUUCACAACUGAGAGUCCUGCAUUGUGUUAUAACUGUGCUGUAUUGAAUGUAGUGGGAACUGAAAACCUUGGUUCAUCCCAGCUAAACAAUAUGUAAUGUAAAAGUACUGUUGCAUUCUCAGUAGAAACACUUUGUGUAAUACAUGCUAUUAGAAGGCAAGAUCAAUUUUUAAACUGUCUUCUACUUCAGAACUUGUACCACACGAGGCAGACAGAUCAGCUUUCUUAACUUUAAAACUAUUUUUGUUUCUAAACUCCUGCAUUUUGAUCUAUUAUUUUAGAUUUAGUUGCACCCCACAUCCAUUUAUAACUGCAAUUCAGAUUAUUGCAUUGACUAUGGCACCAAACUGUAAUUGUGCAUCAAAAGUUAAAUAAUAC